AUGGGCGUGUGCAUUAGAUCAACAAAAUUCAGUAUUUUAACAAUAUUUAUCAUCAGUUUAUUGUCAUUUAUUCAUAUUUCAUCAAUUACUUCUACGGAUCCAGUCGAACAAAAUUCUAUUCCUGGCCAAACUGAUGAGAACAAGCAGACUGAUGCUAUUGAUGAACAUAUUUCACAAUCAAAUGGUAAUAUUUUAUCAGAUUCAAAUUCUGAAACAAAAUCACCUGAGCUUGUAUCAAUAGUAGCUAAUGAUGGACCGAUAAUAUCAACAGAAAAUAAAUCAGAUAUUAUUGAUGAAGUACCUAGACCGACAGCUUCUCCACAAAUGGUAGACAAUCAAAGUACGGAUGAUCAACAACAAGCAACACCAUCUUCAUCCAAAAGUAAUCGAUCAAGUAUUAAUUCAUUUGAAGAAUGGAAACAACAACAACUUCAAGCUGAUUUAUUAAAAAAAGAUGAAAUUGCUAAUCAUAAUAAUGUACCAUCUGAAACAACUUCAACAGGUUCAUCAAAAGGAAUUUCAUCAUCGACAAAUAUCCCGCAAAUGACAUCUACAACAGGUUCGUCAAAAAAAGGCAAACUUCGUAAAAAUUUUGCUAGUGCAUCAUGUGGUGCAAAAAUUCUUGCACAUAAUGUUGAAGCACAAAAUGUUCCAUCGAUUUUAUCUUCAUCACCUGAUGAAUAUAUGCUUAAUCCAUGUAAUGCAAAAAUUUGGUUUGUUAUUGAACUAUGUGAAUCAAUUCGUAUUCUCAAUAUUGAAAUAGCCAAUUUUGAACUUUUUUCAAGUGUUCCGAAAACAUUCCGAGUUUCUUCAUCAGACAGGUAUCCUGCAAAAGAUUGGAAUCGUCAUCAUUUGGGUACAUUUAAUGCAUCAUUUAAUCGUACAAUACAAAGUUUUCAAACAAUGGAAUCUACAACUUAUAUGAAAUAUGUUAAAUUUGAAUUAUUAGAUUUUCAUGGACAUGAACAUUAUUGUCCAUUAAGUGUUGUACGUGUACAUGGAUCAAAUGUUGAAGAUGAAAUAAUGACAAUGGAAGAAAAUACAAAUUUAAUUGAUUCAAAAACUUUAUUAAAUAUUCAAGAUGAAAAUGAUGAUGAUGAUGAUGAUAAUGAUAAUGAUAAUUUAUCAAAUGAUCAACAAGUUGGUGGUAUUAUUGGUUCAGCUAUACUUGAUUUAGCAAAAAGAGUUUUUCGUCGACAAACUACACGUGGUAUACCAUCAACAACAUCAAUGCCAAUAACAGAAAUUAAUGUGUUAAAAACUAAUUGUCAUCAAGCCGUUUUACAUGGUUCAAUAACUAAUGAUAGCAUUAAUACAUGGCGUCUAAGGGAUACAUUUAAACAAUGUAUUGCUGAAUUUCUUCGUGGUACAUGGUCAAAAUUUGAUACAUGUACUGUAUAUUUAUUACAUACUUGUUAUAAAUUAAAUUAUUGUUGUCAAUGUCCAUUAAUGAUAAAUAAUAAUACGAAUAGAAAUAAUCAAAUGAUAUCAACAUUAAAUCUAUAUAAUAAUCCAUGUGGAUAUUAUCAUAUAAUAACAAAUCAAUUUGUAUGUAAAAAAGAAAAAUUAAUUGAAUUAAAUGACACAAUAACAAUAAAUGUAAAUGCUGAAUUAAAUCAGAAUAUUAGUGAAAAAAAUUUAACUAUUUCUACUAAUGAUACUGUAAUGAUUGCUGAUGAAAGUCAAAAUUUGUCUAAUAAUAAAUCUAUGCUAAAACUUAACAAUACUUUAUUGAACGAAACUCAUGUUGAUCAUAAACUAAAUCGUGCUAAUGAACAAAAUUUUUCGAACAAUACUUCAAACGAAACAUUUAUGGCGCCCGAAUCACAAAUAUCAUCGAAUAUAACGAAUCAAAGUUCUUCCCAAUCGUCUACUAUUGAAACAAUUAAUAUGGAUGUUAAUUUAACUGAAAAUUCGAUUGAUAGUAAUAACAUUGAUGAGAUUGUGACUGUAACACCACCACCACCAACAACAACCACAACAACAACAUCUUCAUCAUCAUCUACAAUAAAUAAUAAUAAUAACGAAGCAAUACUACCUAUUAUUUCAAGUCCAUGGCUUAAAAGCAUGUUACUGAAUACAAAAUCAUUACCAGAAUUAUUUAAAAUAAUUGAAAAACUGAAUUUUAAUUUAACAUUAAGUAAUCGAUAUUUACAAGAGCUUAGUCAACAUUAUGUAAAAAAACUUGAUGAAACCCAACAGACAACUGAUCUUCUUCUAAAAUCAUCACAAGCAGCUGAUGAAAGAUUAGAAAAUUUAGAAGAAUAUUUAAAUCGAUUAGAAGAAAAUUUCACUCAAAUGUCAUCUCGUUUAAUAAAACUUGAAGCAUGGAUUCCAUUAAUUCUUUUUAUAAUACUUUGUUUAUUUAUUUGGUGCUUGUGGUCAACAUGUAGUUUAGUUCAUUUACGACGAAAAUUAAAAUAUAUUAAUAACGAAUAUGAAAAACUCUAUAAUAUUAAACAAGUCGAAAAUAAUGAUGAUGAUGAUGAUGAUAACGAUGGUGAUAAUAUGAAUGAUAUUUCACUUAUUUGUAAUGGUAUCAAAAAACGAAAAUUAUCAACUGAUUCAAAUGAUUCAAAUCCUAAUCGUUCUCAGCGUGUACCUGAUUUACCAUUAUCGAAAAUAAAAGAAAAUGGUAUUCAUAGAACUGAACAUAAAAUUAAAAAAAAACCAUUAAAACAAACUCAACAUUUAUUAUCAUUAAGUGGCAUGCAAACUUAA